GUGAGGGCUGGACGUCGAAAUGUGACAGGAAUCAAGAAAAAAAAUGGAUAUCGUGCUGGCAUGCUAACCCAAAUACUGACGCAAACGUAAUUUAAAAGACCAUCUAACCAUUUAUUGUUAUAUCAACAGGAGGGCUGAGGAUUCUGGCCCAAGGAAGGAAAGACACUGGUUGUAGUUGGAUCCGGUGAUGUGCCAUGGGCUACGACAUCACCCGGUUCCAGGGGGAAGUGGAUGAGGACCUGCUGUGCCCCAUCUGCAGUGGAGUCCUAGAGGAGCCCGUGCAGGCCCCUCACUGCGAGCACGCCUUCUGCAAUGCCUGCAUCACCCAGUGGUUCUCCCAGCAGCAGAUCUGCCCCGUGGACCGCAGUGUGGUGACACUGGCCCACCUGCGCCCCGUGCCCCGCAUCAUGCGCAACAUGCUGUCCAAGCUGCAGAUCAACUGCGACAAUGCCGGCUUCGGCUGCACCACCGUGCUGCGCCUCGACCAGCUGCAGUCGCACCUCAGGGACUGCCAGCACAACCCCAAGAGGCCCGUCCAGUGCAGGCAGGGCUGCGGACUGGAGAUGCCUAAAGACGAGGUGUCCAGCCACAACUGCAUCAAACACCUGCGCAGCGUGGUGCAGCAACAGCAGGGCAAGAUCACCGACCUGGACAAGACUGCUGCUGAACACAAGCACCAGCUAGCAGAGCAGAAACGGGACAUCCAGCUGUUGAAGGCAUACAUGAGGGCCAUCCGCAGUGCCAACCCCAACCUGCAGAACCUGGAGGAGACCAUUGAGUACAAUGAGAUUCUAGAGUGGGUGAACUCCCUCCAGCCGGCGCGCGUCACGCGCUGGGGCGGCAUGAUCUCGACACCGGACGCUGUCCUCCAGGCGGUCAUUAAGCGCUCGCUCAUCGACAGUGGCUGCCCGCCUUCCAUCGUCAACGACCUGAUCGAGAACGCCCACGAGAGGAACUGGCCCGCCGGCCUGGCCACACUGGAGACGCGGCAGAUGAACCGGCGCUACUAUGAGAAUUACGUGGCCAAGCGUAUCCCGGGGAAACAGGCAGUGGUGGUGAUGUCCUGUGAGAACCAGCAUAUGGGGGAGGACAUGAUCCUGGAGCCAGGCCUGGUCAUGAUCUUCGCCCACGGGGUGGAGGAGAUACUAUGACCCGGCUGAUGGUGGUGGAGAGCAGAGGGGAGACUUCUGACUGACCUGAACUGAGGAGAAGAGGGGGCAGGGGAUGCUAUAACACUAUGGCUGCAUCCCAAAUGGUACCUUGUUCCCCAAGGGCCCUGGUCAAAAGUAGUGCACUAUAUAGGGAAUAGGGUGCCUAUAACACAGUAAGAGUAGGGGAAGAUCCAAUGACAAAGCAGGGAUUGGGGAGAUAUGACACCAGUAGAAGGGUAUAGGGCAGGGGGUCGGCAACAGGCGGCCCGCGAGCCAAAACCAGGCCGCAAGUGAUUUUUAUUUUUGGCCUCCUAAAGCUUUUAGCAAUUUCUUUAGGAUUUUAGUUUUUGGGUCCAAAAAAAUACUAAAAUCAGCAGGAAUUCAGCAAAAAAUCUGUUGAAUUUAGGAAAUCUGUUAAAGUAUUCCCACUAAUAAAUAAAGAGAGCUGUGAUCGUGUCUCACUGUAAUCAAGUGAUCAAAUGCAAUCUCUUUUUGGGCUUAGUUGUGGUCAAUUUGCAGUGUACAAAUGAUCAUUAUGUUCUGGCCCCCCCGACCAUCCGCUCUGACAAAAAUCGGAAUCUAGUUGCCUAUACCAUGACAAAUCAAGAGGGUUGGAGGGACAGGGAAAAAUAUAACAGGGGUCUCCAACUAAGAGGGUAGAGGAAAUAGAAGUGAAGGAAAACAUCCCGAAGGAGACACAGUCAGCAUUCCUCCGCUCUCUGCCUUAAACAACAAUUAUUUAGAGAAAUGAAAACUAACAAGGAUUUAUCAAUAAAGUGCAUAGGAAGGAAGAUUUAAAAUGUUAAUUUCAAAAGAGAAACAAGAUUGUAGCCUAAUCUGCCUUCUCCCUGCCCCCUCAAAAUAUCCCAUUGGCUCAGAUGUGUAAUGAGCUAGCUCAUACCCCCCCAUGGCCUCCAGCUGUGUGUGAUUUCACCGCUGAACGUAAAUACAGAGCACGUGGAUCGCCAUUUUUUUGCAAGGACCAAUUACAUUUUCCAUCAUUACAGUAUCACAUUUAAUAUCAUGGUAUCACCUUCCCCUUUGUCAACAACAGACCUUGUUCCUCCUCGGGAUGCAGAGCAAAUCAGGAAUGCCACUUCUGAUAAAAGGAGUAGUAGAUGGACAGAGCCCUGGUGAAGACUGUGGACUUGGAACUUUCUUUUGGUUUGAGUUUCACACCUUGUUUUUUUAUAAUGUUAUUGUUGUGUGUAUGAUUUGUCUGAGUUAUUGAGAGUCCUGUGUUGAACUUUUUUUCUUUGAUGAUGUUAUGUGUAUAUAGUUGGUUAGAAGUGGGUCCAAUUGUGUGAAAAUAAAUACUACUUCUCAGAGGCUACCAAAGCAUUUAUCCACAGAAAUUGUGUACAAAAUAACAUCAACCAGAAGUCUGUUCUGUUUUUUGUUAAUUUAUUUAGAUUUUGUUUAUUUCAGUCAUUGUCAAAUAGCAUAUCACUAACACAUCAUUGUAUAUCAUGUAGCUUAUCCUAAUAUUCUGUGUUCAGUCAUACAUUAAGUGCUUUGCUGAAUCCAUCACCACAAUUGGCAAAGCUUUUACUGAUACUAUUUUCCUAACAAUUUGGACUAUUCUGGUUUAGAUCUUCCGCAUAGUGAUAGUCUACUGGCAUUCUUUCAUUUCAGCAUUUUUAUUGAUUAUUGUGUAACUUGUUAGUUUGAGAACAAAACUAUUGUUUGGUUUUACUUCCAUCCACCAAAUAAUGAACAAGUUCACACACAUGUUAUCUCCGCUGAUUCAUUAAAUUAGUUUAAAUUCAAUUAAUUCAAUUCCUGGGGUGACUGAAUCAAAAUGGACACACACACACACACACACAAACAUGAAUACACUUGUAUUUAACUCAGAGGAAGCGGUUGAAGCUAAACCAAUGUCUAGACAUUCUCUUAAGAGCUGCGGUGAAGCUGGAACCUAGCCUUAAUCUGCUGCCUCUUUCUGUAUGGCUGUCUCUCAUUGCUCUGUCAGUUAGGUGCCUUGAUAUGAUACUUCCAUGUAUGGGACUUAAACUCACAUCCUGAAAGGCUGUGUCGCACCAAGUAUAAAUCUCAAACCAUUUCCUUCAUUGGUUAAGAGAUAUAUUGAACUCUUACUUCUUUUGGGUACCUAAAUCAAAGGCUAGUGAAGUGAUUUGAAGCAAUGGGGUUUGUGAGAUAAGCUCACUAAGUAGCUUGUCAAGAGCAGAGGUACAAACACAGCAUUCCAAGACUUGAUUUUCAGAUUCUUGCUUUUGUUCUUUAUAGUGUGACUUUGUCGUCUAUGCAGCUUCAGUUUGAAAAGAGGGGUUCUGUUGUGAUGGAGGAUUUACAAUACUGUACUUGAAACAAAAAGGUCAAUGUUGUUGAAGCUUCCAAAUAAUUGAUGAAGGAUUAAUGGCUAGACCCUCAAUUUUACUAUUCAGAAAUGUAUAGGGCAUUGAGAGACAGGACAAAUAUGUAUUUUGAUGUUAAACUGCAAUCUAGGAUGUAUUCGCUAGGAACCAAACGGAAGGGACUAACCUGAACUUGUCCAAUAAGAAAUGCUUGUUUUCGUUGCAAAAUGUUUUGCUACAGUUUGCGAUGGUGUGCACUAAUGAAUACACCCCUGUAGUCAGGAACUGGGCUGCGUUCAGUAUGGGGGGGGGGGAAUGGUGUGCAACAUUCAAUUAAAUGGAAACGGUGCUGUUCUGAACGACCAGUUGAAAAAAAGGGGAGGGGUUGGGGAACGCUGUCAGCAUGUCCUCUGCCCUUUAAAUAUGUCACUCAUUGCUUCACGCCACACCCUACCAAAUGGAGCAAGUCGGUUCAAGAACGUUGAAGAAUGUUUUCGAGAAACGUGUCGUUCAGUACAAACCGUCACGCACCGUAGCAAAUGUUUAAUCGAACUGAAUGUACCCCUGAUAUUUUCAAUUGGCUUUGGGCUGCACCUGUCUCUGCCUUUUUUGCUUAUUCAUGUGCACUAGUGUGAAUGGUUGUGUGUUACUGUGAUGAUGUCAUACUGACUUGAUGAUAAUAAUACCACAGAACUGGGGAUGAAUUACACAUUUAUUGUACAUUUAAGAUUGAUUGUAAAUAGUUCACUAUCAUAUAUCAAUAUACACAUACCGACGCACUUCCAUUUCAGUAUCUAUCCAUAUCAAUAUUUUUAUUUGGUGAGAUGUAUGGUUUCAUUAAAAACAUAAGAAUUCCUGGUGGUUUGGAAUGUUG